AUGCCGCGGCCCAAGAAACCUGGAGCUCCAGAGCCCAAGAGGAGGAGUCGAAAUGGUUGUUGGCCUUGCAAGACACGCAAAGUGAAGUGCGAUGAAACCCGACCAACAUGCCUCAACUGCCAGAAACAAGGCGAAACCUGCGACUACAGCAUACGGUUGAACUGGGAAGGUAGAGGGAAGAAGCAAGCGGAAGUGUCGGGAGGACCGGGUCAGAUAAAUUUCUCUGCUGGAAUGAUAAGUGCUGGGCCGAGCAGACCUAUCACCAGGGUCUCAGGAGGAGGUCCCAAAACAUCGCCGGUGGGAUUUCAGACCUCGCCAUUUGGGAGGCAACAUCAGUCAGCUGCUGUAGAAAUGCAAGGCCAGCCACGGUCUAAUCCCGCCUUCGCGAACCAAAGCCCCCAAGAGCAACAGGAAGCCUCGCAAUUGCCGCCUCCUCGAUCAGUACCCUCCGAGAUGUCGACGAUUGACCCGGCACUGAUGGCUUCACUUGGCUCAACUGCGGCAAUGUACAACGAUAGUACGUACGGUGGUAUGCAUGGUCGACUGGAGCCCCAAUAUAGGCAAAGCUAUGAGCGAUGCCAUUCUCCUACACCAGGCACAAUGCCAGUUCACCCACCUGCAGUCCCUAGAUUUCGCCAAGCCCGAGCGCUGGAAGAUGCGGUUUCGUCUCCCAGUGAAACUGGAAUCGGGAGCCCCGCCGCCAGUACCUUGUCUAGCCGGAGUACUGCCUUGCCGAGCUCUGAAAGCUCUGCAUCAACACCAUCAUUCUUUGGCAAUGCCAGAGAUAAUGGUGAGUUUCCCCCGCCGGACAUGGUGAACUCCGACAGGCCGCUCAAGCGUGUGCGCUACCAAUCUGGUCAAGAUGCCAACAGUCCGUCUUAUGAUCCGACGAUGCCGCCUCCGAACAUGACAUCUUACCUUACUACGUAUAAUAUCGAGUCUCAAGCCUCCAGUGUUAUAUUGGCAGCUCCAAAUUCAGCCGGCACUCCUUUGACUCCAGCGUCGAGCCACAGUGAUGAUGCAUUGAGAGAUUCCUAUAAGGUGUAUCCGGCGAGACUCUCACCACCUCCUACGCAUGACUCUCCCGACCCCCGCCGCCUGUCAGUCAGUUCACUACUAUCUGCUCCACCAGGCAUGUCUUACCAGAAUGACCGGACGUUUGGUGGCGGAAACCGGGGCGCUCAGGAUUGGUCCCACCAAUCUCACGAUAUAUAUCAGGAUACAACUACUUAUGGCAUCGAUAGAGGAUUUAAGGACCUCGAUAUUGGCAAGAAUGAUGAUAUGAAUGCAAUCUCCGGAUCCUCACCUGUUUCUACAAGGGCCCACCUUGACCUUGUUUUGGGUGCGGAUGGUGAAUUCCUGCCAAUGGAAUUUGGAUUCGGUAUGGAAGAAAGCAGCACUGCUUUGGAAAAUGGAGCUUACUACGACAAGCCCGUUCCUGUCUGCAUUCCUCGAGCGCUCGAGCCUUUGCCGAGCAAGCUUUUGGAGAAUCCUAUGAAUUUAUUGUAUUUUCAUCAUUUCAUCAACCAUACUGCGGACUGUCUAAUUCCACAUAACUGUUCUUCCAAUCCUUUCAAGAGCACCCUGCCCCAAAUGGCCGUGCAAGAUGACAAUCUGCUUAACCUUCUGCUCGCCUACUCCGCUUCUCAUAGGGCUCGUCUGCUGCGACAACCAGAGCCGGCUACCCGGAUCGCAUUGUGGGUGCAGGAUAUCUUUCCGAAUCUUCGACGCGCUCUUGAUCAUCCAAGUGAAAUCAUAUCCAACGCAAAUCUGGCGACAGCUAUUAUGCUUGCUUCUCUCGAAAUAAUUUCUCCAAAAGCCUUUGGCGUUUCGGUCCCUUGGCAAAUCCAUUUGGAUACCGCUCGGCAAAUGAUAGCAGCUAGAGGUGGUCCACAACGAAUGAAGACUGCGUCUCGCGGCGACAAGGUUUCUUCUUUUCUAUGGAGCUGGUUCGCUUAUCUCGAUGUUCUAGGAAGUUUGAGUGGUGGAAAAGCCAACGCUUCUUCAUCUACCUGGAUUCUUGACUACGAAAUAGACGAAGAGGAUGACUACCAGAUCGACUGUAUUCUCGGUUUCACUAGUCGCUGUAUUAGGAUCCUCGCAAAAAUCGCGGAGCUUUCCAGAAUAUGCGAUAGUGAGCGUAUUGGACCCGACCAUUCAAUUCGAGCAGAUUGGCAGCCUUCGGAUGACGUCGUGGCCCGAGCUGGAAAACUCGAAUCUGAUCUCGCUGCUUCCCGUCUGCAUCCUGCAAAACCAUGCACGCAUAUGCAAUCCACCGGAGAAGCGGCAUAUCAAUGGGAUAGUCUCGAAAUGGCAGCUACCAACGAAGCCUUCCACUGGGGCGGUCUUGUUCAUCUCCAUCGACGAAUUCUUGGGAAGCCUUCCACACAUAAUGACGUUCAGACCGCUGUUCGCGAAAUAUUCGGCGCGCUGUAUAAAGUCAGGAGAGGCAGUAGUGCGGAAGCUUGCCUUCUCUUCCCAAUGUUCACUGCCGGUUGCGAUACUCAAGACGAGAGACAAAGGGCUGACAUACUGGAGAGGAUCAAAGGCGUGGAACGUUUCGGUAUGACCCAAGUUCACAAAGCUCGCACUUUGAUGGAGCGAGUUUGGGAGACGGGAAAACCGUGGGAGACUCUCAUGGCUGGCGAGUUCUUUGGAUAG